ACAUCUUCACAGUUAUAUUUCGUUCAACUGUGCUGCCAGAAAUGUUGAAGAUAUCAGUUGACCAUCUUUCCCAAAGUGUAACUGUAGAGAUCCCCAUGACACUGACAGGAAGAACGCUUUUUGGACUGUUUCUCGUCAUAUCUCGUCUUCUGUCUGUGAACGUGGUGAGUUUCACCUGUGCAGAGUUGACUAUCUGUGCAUUACAGGGAGCAACUGUGAAAGUAAGAUGCCUCCAUCCACCAAACUCCAAAAGUGAAUACCAAAACCUCUACUGGUUUAAAAAGACCCAGAUGUGGAUACCUGAGGACCUCUCUACAGACCCAGAAUAUAAAGGUCGUUUGACGUUUGGUGGCAGAUCUUUUCUUGAAAUAAGAGAUCUUAGAAAGAGUGAUGAGGGUGUCUAUCGCUUUAGAUUUAAGGCAGAGUCCUCUGGAUGGAUAAAUAGUGCACCUGGAAUCAAGUUGAUUGUCACAAACCUGCAGAUAAAGAUGGAUUUUGUGACAAAUGGACAGGGGGUGAAACUGACCUGUACCACUACCUGCACUCUGAGUGAUAACACCAUCUACGUCUGGUACAAGAACAGUAACAUUACUUUAAGCACCAACACCUUCAGCUUGUUCCUCAAAUUAGUCAAAGAUAGGAAUGCAGGCAGCUACUCCUGUGCUAUAAAGGGCUAUGAGGAUCUCCGUGCUCCUGCAGUGUGUCUCCAAAGAAACUGCUUGGAUGUGAGUUACACCCCCAAGACAAUAUGUGGCUUCCCUGGGUCAUAUGUAAACCUACCUUGCACUUACACAUUCCCCAGAGGUCUCAAUAUCACAAAGACACUUUGGGUGAAUAAUACAGAUCUCAAAAUGGAGCCUGAAGAUCUGACUCGGUACCCGGAGUAUGUUGGUCGUGUGGAAUAUCGUGGGAACGGUAAUGACUGCACCCUGAGAAUCACAGAUUUGAGAAAGAGCGACACGUCCAAGUACAGGUUCCUGUUUAAAACGCAAGGGACAUACUUCAAUUCGCCAGCGGUCUCCCUGUCUGUCACAGACUUAUAUGUGCAUGUAUAUCCUGCCGUCGUGGACCAAGGAGCCUCUGUGUCGAUCUGGUGCUAUACCCAAUGCGGUCUUCCGCAAGGCUUUGGGGGCUUCAUUUUGUACAAAGACGGACAACGCAUACCCAGCCCAAAUGGUGAAGAAGGUUACAUAACGCUCCACACAGUCAGCAGUGAGGAUGCAGGUAGCUACUCCUGUGCACUGAUUGGUCAGGAUGAGUUACCCUCCCUGGAAGCUACACUCACCGUCACUAAAGGACCAGUGUCUGUGUUAAUUGUUUUUCUGGGGGUGGUGGCUCUCCUGACUGUCGCAGCUCUUCUGGUCUUUACCUUCAGCACACUGAAAAGGAGAAACAUGGGAGGACAUGAUAUUAGAAUGAACGUCCAAACUGUCAAUAAUGAUGGCGCUCAUCUAGAUGUCAGUAGGAGGGAGAGCUCCCCCGACUAUGAAAACUUUGAACAUAUCUAUGCGGACCCAGAUGAGUUUGAUGACACGUACACAGCUCUUCGGCGGGGGCAUUGGCACUCCGUGUAUGACAUCAUCCAGAGGAGGGAGUCACCACAGAACCUGGACUAAAGGCUGUCUGUGAGGAGAGCACUGACAGAAUUAAAAAGCCAUUUUGGACUGACCAAUGUAGACAUUUUCAAAUAAAUGCAACUUAAAUGUUUAUAUCAAAACAUUUCGAAAGAUUUUGGACAUCACAGCAAUGUUGAGGGUCAGAGUCAGAAAAAGAUACUCAUAUGACAGGUAAGAUAUACAAAACCUUGUAGAGAGCCUAUCCAACUGACAAUCUCUUAGAAAAUAAAUAUCAGCUAUACGAACCAAGACUUAAAAAUAACUAAUAUUGGCACAAGAUGGAGGAAUAUAACUAGUGAAAUUACAGUUAACGAAAAAAUAAAUGCUUAAUCCAGUAUCAACUAAUGUACAUAAUUUAUCAUACGAGAGACAAAAUUCAUAAAUUCUACAGCACAACAGCAGAGUCAUGUCUUAAGUGUAAAACUAGCAAUGACUCAAUAGUUAAUGCCUUCUGGGAGUGCUAUAAAGUCCAAACGUUAUGGGCAGAAUUAGAAAGCUGGCUGUCAAAAGUUUUCCAAUGUAAGUUUACUUUUAAUCAAUCUAUCUGCAUAUUUCAAGACAUGGUGAAUAUUUCAAGACUUAGUAAGAUCCCCAUUGGACUGGACAAUAUUAUUUUCUUCACUUACAUUGGAGAAACUAUUACUUAAAUACUGGAAGUUAAAUGAAACUCCAUCGUUAAGAGAAGGGAAGAAUCAAUGCCUUGUUAUUUAAAUAUGUAAAACAAUCUGUCUACAGACAGAAACAACAUAACAUAAUUUGAAAUCAUAUGGGGCAGAGUCUUACAAGUAUCGGAGGUGGAUACGGGGGUGGAUAUGGUGGGAACAUGUGGGUGUG